ACGUAGGUGCUUCUAGACCACCCCGCCAUUUCCUAACUAACUAUUAUAAUACAAUUUUGGUACAAUUCUCUCCUCCGAGAUUGUUGACAGAGUCUUUUAAAAUACAACGCUUGAUAUAUCAUCCUAUCGUGAUUAUGGCCAGCGACCCCUCCAUCUUAGAUCAUGUACAUAGCCGCGCCGAUCAUGACCGCUCCCCACACGGGUGCAUCCGUCUUCAUGGCUCCUGAUUUCGAGGUACUGGUCGAGGAAGCCGCCGCGCUAGUCGCACUCGCCACCACGGACUCGAUGCUGCUGGUUCCUUGUCUCGCCUCGCUGCUGAUUGAGCUCAUGGCAGACAGAGCGCUGCUGCGUGCCUCCCCUGUAGCCGUGGCCGCGACACUGCUCAAGCUUGCGAUGGCGCUAGAGGCUUCGCGGGUAGCGGUGAAGAUUGCUCCUGAUGCAAGACUUGAAGCGGUAGAGAGGGCACCGGCCGCGUCUGAGGUUGCUGUUGAGAAUGCUCCGACGGCAUCUGAUGUCCCUGUUGAGAUUGCUCCGCUGACGUAGGACUUCGCUGUUUGGAUUCCGCCGGACGCGUACGAGAUACCGGUCGAGAUGGCCCCGGCCGCGUCUGAUGUUGCUGUUGAGAAUGCCCCGACUGCAUCUGAUGUCCCUGUCGAGAUCGCUCCGCUGGCGUAGGACUUCGCUGUUUCGAUUCCGCCUGAGGCGUACGAGAUACCGGUCGAGAUGGCUCCAGCCGCGUCUGAUGUUGCGGUCGAGAUAGCGCCCCCUACAACACUUGAAGCCGUGGAAAGCGCGCCGCCGAUGUCCGAGAUCCCAGUUUGGAUACCGCCUCCUAUUAAGGAGGUCACCG